AUGAAGUCGUUAAUCGAUAAUCUAGUCAAAUUGGUCACCUCGUCCCUUCUGAAUUGCUCGAAUGAUGGGGUGCCAUCGUCCGAACAUUUUCUAUCGAAUUUGACUCCCGUUUACAUCAUCACGCUUGCAGUCUGCUCGAUAGUAUGCAUGGGCACGAUUGCGAUGGGAAUUCUACAGAUCAUGUACACGAUGUUCUACGUGGGUCACCAAGAUCGUCGACUCUUUAUUGCGUAUUUGGCAAGCACAGCACCAUUUGUGUCAGCCUUGUCUCUAUGCGCGAUGUACAUGCCUCGGGUGUGGUUCCUCUCGCAUCUCAUCAGCUUUCUGUACUUCUCGGUGGCGUUAUGGAUGAUCAUUUGCCUCUUGAUGCAGAUUUUUGAAGGACACAAUUCGCUUGUCAACAAGAUGCAUGAGAGAGACAUCGAAAUCGACAUCUCGACACCGCCAUUCUGCUGUGUUUUCCCGUGUCUACCGAAAGUUCAACUUGAAGAGCGUAAAAUCCGAGCGUGUGAGUGGCUGGUGUUGCAAUGUCCGUGCGUUCGCCUACUCGCCACGCUCAUCUCGCUAUUCAUCUAUUUUGAGUACGGAAACGAUGGCAUGAUACCGUUGAAAGUGCUCGAUUUCAUCGCCGUUCCCUCGGUGUUGCUCGGAAUUUUUGGCAUGCACAUUCUCGUCACCACUGUAUCGAAUUUGGAUGAGCUUUUAAGUUAUCGAUACAUCGUUGUCUUUCGCUUGCUCGAUCUUUUCUUCAUGUUCUUUGGUCUUCAACAACCAGUAUUCGACUUUUUGGGACGAUAUGGUGCCUGGGGAUGUGGCUCGGUUUUGCCGUAUCUGGAGACAGCUUUUUGGUGGAAGAACGCGUUCACAGUGAUCGAGGCCUUUUGCGUUACAUUGCUCGCUUCUCUUCUCAUUCAACCAAAGAGAUCAGCACUUUUCGAUAAACAUCCAUCGAUGCGCUCAAUGGACUCCUCGAUGCACACCGUUGAGGUGGCAAUCAGUGACGAUGAAAGUAAGGAGACCACCGCU